GAACUGCUGCCACGUACCAUCCUACCGCCACGUGUUACUGCACACAGACCCUAGUUUAUGACACUGUUACUGCACACCAGUCAGGGCCCUAGUUUUUUACACUAUUAGGACGGCAGGUGCACUCACUCGUCUCCAUUCAUCGAUCCUCGGUCGAUCCAUUGUCUAUAUAAACCCCAACAACGGACGCUUAUUCGAUCAAUGUAAUUCGAUCUCACGAUUAUAUAUCACUUACAUUCUGACCUGAAAUCCGAUCUCAGUUUGGAUUCAGAGCUUUAUAUUUUCUUGAUUUUCAGUUUCUUCCUUCGAGUGGAAAUGGCGCACAUGAGAGAUGAGUACGACAACAUUCGCCAAACAGACGGCGACCAGAUGCAGCACCACAAGACGGGAGGCUAUGACACCGCCGCCGGCACAGGCAAGCAAGGCGGCAUGGCGAUGUCGGGACAGCACCAAACGCACGACGGCGCGUACAUGACGGGCGGCCAGCAUGGAACCAUACCAGGUGGCACUGACAUGCACGAUGGCAGGGGGCAGACGAUGCCGCAGCAGGAGAUGGGCGACUAUAACACCGCCGCCGGGACCGGCACGCUAGGCAGCUUGGCCAUGUCGGGACAGCACCAAACGCACGACGGCGCGUACAGGACGGGCGGCCAGCAUGGAACCAUACCAGGUGGCACUGUCAUGCACGGUGGCAGUGGGCAGAUGAUGCCGCGGCAGGAACAUGACGCUUCGCGCGGGAUGCUUCAUCGGUCCGGCAGCUCUAGCUCAUCGGACUCGGAGGAUGACGGAGAAGGGGGGAGAAGGAAGAAGAAGGGACUGAAGGAGAGGCUACCGGGGCACCGGCACUCUGAUCAGACUCAUAAAUCGGCAACCACCAUUCCCGGUGGUCCCGGAGCUUAUGACGCCACCCAGCACGAGAAGAAAGGGAUUAUGGAAAAGAUCAAGGAGAAGCUCCCUGGGGACCGGCACGAAGAUCAGACGCAUAGAUCGGAAACCACCACUCCCGGUGGUCUCGGAGCUUAUGACACCACCGCGGAACACCAGCACGAGAAGAAAGGGAUUACGCUGAAGGAGAGGCUACCGGGGCACCGGCACGAUGAUCAGACACAUAAGUCAGCACCCACCACUCCCCGUGGUCCCGAAGCUUAUGACGCCACCGCGGACCAGCAGCACGAGAAGAAAGGGAUUAUGGACAAGAUCAAGGAGAAGCUCCCUGGCCACCAUUAACUAUAGAUCGACUACAGAGCCUGAUAUAUUGGCUUGUUUCAUUAGCUUGUUUCAUUACAUGUAUGUCGUGAUGGUUAAGACAAUAAAUGAUGGGCCCAUCCUUAGUUUGUGCUUUGUUUUAUGUGUAAUUUGUGCCUAGGUUAAAGUGUGUAAGAGGUGGAUGUAUCGUUGCUAUAAUAUUAUGUGCUUAUGUCGAGGGGUGGUGUAUGUUUACAGCCAUACAGGCAUAUAUUGAAUGUUUGCUCUUGAUUGGGCCUUUGGA